UUUUUUUGGCAAAAAAAGUGACGAAAGUAAGCAAAUACGGAAAGUAAAUACUACAAAAAAAGUGAUAAGAAACUCGAUGAUUUUCUUUUUGUUAUGAAAUUUUAAAAAUUCGACUAGAAAUCAUGUCAUGUUGGCAAAAUAUUCCGAUUCUGGUCAAGCGGUAUUUGGUGGGAUACCUGGAUUACGAGGCGCGCUGCAACCUAAAACUAUGCUCGAAAUCCGACCAAUUUCUUGUGACCUCCACCCGACACGUGGCACAAAUCAUAUCGAUUGCUGAACAAUCGAACUCUUCGUGUAACGAAUUAUCAACAAUUAUUCUACGAUACGAAUUCCGGGUACUACAAUUAGAGGAGAUUGACGGAGUUACUACAAUGACUAGCGGAGAGUAUCAAAAAAUCAAUAAUAAAAAUCGAUAUGACGUGGCGCGGAGCUGGAUUGAGAAAAUCAGUGAAAACGGUGUGGCGAACGCGAAAAAAGUGCAGUUGUUAAAUCUCUCCAUGCCCCCCUCUCCUCAAUGGAUUCUCAACUGCGAAGAAUCUCUGAAAAUUCGAAUGGUGGGGCGACAAAAUUUGAAAUCCUGGCUGCAAAUCACAGUGCCGAUUCUGAAAAUUUUGGAAAUUGAAGAAUGGGAAAUCGCUGAAGAAAUUCUCGAAACUCGCCAAAUACGACAAGUUGGAGAGGUUUUGCGGCUUUCGCGAAAUGUCAAAAUUAGCGAUGAGCAGCUGGUUAAGCUGGCUGCUCCAAGUUUGGUGAUCAUUUCUGGCAAUACGAUUACAGAGCAGGGAGCAAAAAAAGUGUUAAAGAAGUUUGUCGAACAGAAUCGCAGUGGAAAUCCAUUCGAGUUGAAGUUCCGCAAAUCGGAACCAAAUUUCAAUCACCUCGACUUAUUCGACAAAUCUUGGACUAUCCAGAAAUUACAACAAAUCGAUGAAACCGAAGGAGAAUACGUAUAUCAAAUCACCGGCGGUUUCACAAAUGUUCAUCGUGUUCAGCAGCUUCCAAAAAUCAUAAUUCGAGAUUUUGUAACUUAUAUGACUCUGAAAGUAUUACAUCCUGCUGGAAUAUAUUUUCAAAACUCGAUUUGGUAAACUAUACUUAUUCAUAGAAAAAAUAUCUAUUCAUGUUGGAGGUUUUUGAUAAUUUUUGAAAAAUAAAUAAAUUAUGAGCAAGUAA